AGCCACACAGACAAGGGAUUGAGGUCAGAGCCCAGGGAACUACAAGUCCCGCCAGGCAGCGGGCUGGGCAAGCGCCUUGGCUCGCCUGUCCGUGAGCCGGGUGCUUGCAGAAAGUGUGUCACUGGGGCACGAGGCUCUCCCUGGGAAUCACAUGGUGGAUGCUCCCGAGCCGCGUGCUGGAGACUGCGCAGCUGCAGCGAGACCCAAGCAAAGAGGCUGCCGCUGGAGAGCCCUGGCACAGUCCAGGAUUGCAGGGCGGAGAGAGGCAGCGCCGCACAGGGCUCCCGUCUGCUGCAUGCACCGGCUCAGCCCCUGCCAGCAGCCACCACCCCCCGCCGGGCUCUGAUUAGGUGCCAAGCGAGGAUCGCGGGCAUCCUCCCCGCCAGUGCAAGGGUUGCACAGCAGCGCCGGGCUCCACCUGCCCCCGGCCAGGUGCUCCGAGCGGGAGCUCGUCGCAGCCUCCGCUGCCCCCCUCCGCCAGCUGGGCUUGAAUGCGAGCGGGCCGCUGAAGGAUGGCAGCCACGGACACUAACAACAACACAGUGGCCUGAGUGACCCCAGAUCCCCCUAGGAGUCUACCUUCCCCCUGCAGUGCUGCUGAGCAUGACAGCCGCUCCCAUCCCUUGGAUAAACAAAGGUGCUUUGGUCAAGCACCAGCUUUCCAGGAUGGGGCUCCUGGCUCCCAUCCUGUGUAUUGGCCUCCAGAUCCUUGGUGGUGUGAUCAGCUAUGUGGGCUCCAGUGGCUCCUCCCCCAGCCGCACCAGUCCUGUCUCCCUGUGCAGUGACAGCUCCAACGGCAGCUUCCAGUGUGGCUCGCAGGCUUUCCCCUCCUACUUCCCACCCUCGCCCACUGGCUCCCUGAUCCAGGACACGAGGCCGUAUGGCGGGGGAGUGCUGGGCUCCCGGGAGGAUGGUUCCCCUUCCUCAUCCUCCUCGUCCUCCUCUUCCUCGUAUGGCUCUUCUGGGACCUCCCCUGGGGGCCUGCAGGUCGCCAUGGAUGAUGGCAGGCGCAUCUCUCCUAGCAAGACCACCAGCAGCAUCACAAAGCUGAACGGGAUGGUCCUGCUUUGCAAAGUGUGCGGAGAUGUUGCCUCCGGGUUCCACUAUGGGGUCCAUGCCUGUGAGGGCUGCAAGGGUUUCUUCCGCCGCAGCAUCCAGCAGAACAUCCAGUACAAGAAGUGCCUGAAGAAUGAGAACUGCUCCAUUGUCCGGAUCAACCGGAACCGGUGUCAGCAGUGCCGCUUCAAGAAGUGUCUCCUGGUCGGCAUGUCCCGUGACGCUGUGCGCUUUGGGCGCAUCCCCAAGCGCGAGAAGCAGCGAAUGCUGGCAGAGAUGCAGAGUGCCAUGAACAACAUGGCCAACAACCAACUGACCGGGCAGUGCCUGCCCGAUGGCUCCCCUGCAGGGCACCCCCAGCCCACCAACCCCCUGCCCUGCCAUCAGCCCCAGCCACAGCUCCCCGCCUCCCCCCAGCAGCAGCAGCCGCUGCUGCCGCAGCCCUGCUUCUCCCAGUUCCCACAGCAGCUGACACCCCCACGCUCCCCCAGCCCCGGGGACGCCAUGGAGGACGUCAUAUCGCAGGUGGCUAAGGCACACAAGGAAAUCUUCGUUUACGCUCAUGACAAGCUGGGCACAACUCCGGCCCCUGCCCGGGACAAUGACGCCCUCAACCGGGAGAACGACCGUUGCUCCAAUGGGUACCACGCCAGUGGUCUCUAUCGCCACGACAACAACAACCUACCCCACCCCGACACCCCUCGUUUCUCCACCUGGCAUGCCAGCACCCCCAGUGCUUGCCACCAGAACAACAUGAAUGGGCAUCGCCUCUGCCCCUCCGCCUACCCCUCCUCUGCCCAGGAGGCCGAGACGCUGGCCGGCCAGGGCAGCCGGUGGCAGAGAGGCACCAAGGACAUCCUGCCGGCUUGCCCCAUGAACAUGCACCCAUCUGGCCGGAGUGGCCGCACAGUGCAGGAGAUCUGGGAAGAUUUCUCCCUCAGCUUCACACCCGCUGUCCGGGAGGUGGUGGAGUUUGCCAAGCACAUCCCAGGCUUCCAGGAUCUGUCGCAGCAUGACCAAGUCGCCCUCCUCAAAGCCGGCACCUUCGAGGUGCUGAUGGUGCGUUUUGCCUCGCUGUUCAACGUGAAGGAGCAAACGGUGACCUUCAUGAGCCGGACAAAGUACAGCCUGGAGGAGCUGUGGGGCAUGGGCAUGGGUGACCUGCUCAACUCCAUGUUUGAGUUCAGCGAGAAGCUCAGCGCCCUGGAGCUCACCGAUGAGGAGCUGGGCCUCUUCACUGCUGUUGUGCUCGUCUCUGCUGACCGCUCCGGCAUGGAGGACACGGCGCUGGUGGAGCAGCUGCAGGAGACACUGAUCCGUGCCCUGCGUGCCCUGAUUCUGAAGAACCGCCCCACAGAGACAUCGCGUUUCACCAAGCUGCUGCUCAAGCUGCCUGACCUGCGCACCCUCAACAACCUGCACUCUGAGAAGUUGCUCUCCUUUCGCAUUGAUGCCCAGUAGGGCCCCUGCCCUCCCCCCAGCCCCUGAGGGACACCAGCCAGACUAUACCACAACUAAACUGACUGCUCCUCGAGGACACGGACCCCCGCGCCCCCUCCCCACCCUCCCUCCCCGGGCCGAGGGUCCCUCUGUAAAUACUGACCUGUGUAUAUGGGAGUUGUGGAUCUCACACCGCUGCCCUGUGGAGGCCCGGAGCCCCGCAGGGAAUAAUAUAUUUAAAGCAA